CUUUCAGAUAGAGACAUUUGACACAAAUCAAUCUUAUUAAUGUCAUAUGAUAGAUGCAAUUGAACAAUCAAAAUAAACAUGAGCAGUAGUAGAAGAAUUUGGAUACAAUACUCAAAAUGUCAACGGGACCUUCAAUCUUUUAUAGUACAAAGAAAUCAUUAUGGAUUUUACGUUCGAAUUAUGACCACGUUAUUUGAAGACAAAUGAAAAAUGAACACUACUAGCCCAUAAAUAACGAGCUCAAACGUUUAUUUUUCGUCCGAAAAUCAAUAUAUGGGUUGCACGUUGAUUAUCGGUGGAGGCAAGACAAAGAGUUUAUAAUAAGCGUCGUAGCGGUGUAUUCCUAAUUUGACCUAAAAUCUGAAAAGCGCCCUAUUUUCUAUUGAUUUCUUUUUAUGAGGCGGGGCGUCUCUGAUAUUACGUUUGAAAUUUAGUAGAUAUGUUUUCUUAGAAGGGAUGUUGAACCUGAACAUAACCAAAAGUCAUCCAUGCAGCGGUACCGUCAAGAUGGGCAAAUCAGAGAGAGCUGCGAUUCUUCUUAUAUUGGCAAUGGGGCUUAUAAAUCAUGAAGGUUAGUUUUCUUAUUAUAAUGCCAUUCUUGUAAUAUACCUCAAUUAACUAUUGCACUAAUCGUUCAGUUCGAUGUGUUUCAGUCAGUAAGUUCUUCUGUUCAUUGUGUUUCUGUUUACUGUAUGACGGAAAUUAAGACAAACGCAAAAAUUUGUCUUUUAGUUACAGCUACCACUUUGAGCGGGUCUGUGGCUAUUACCCCUCUCACCGGGGUGGCGGUUGUGGGAGGGGAUGACGUAGUGGUAGAAGUGAACGCUUCUCUUACCGCCUCGGAUGAGCUAACUCAUGUCAACGUCAGUCUGGAGUGCACAAAUGCAAAGCUGAAUUCGACAACGGAUGUUUUGCCAAAUUUCUCAUCAAUACCUGUGCCCACCAUCAGUCAAGUUGGUUAUGAUAACAUCAGUACAACGUUUGGGCCGAUGACACUAGAACUUAACGAUGUAUUGGAGUUUUCAUGGAUAACACAAUGGUUUAUACCAGAUUCAGUAAAUCCCGCCGCGACGAUUACAUGUGAAGUUAAUUCAUCAUACCAGAACCCAUCGUUGUUGGUGCAGUCGGACAUUUUGUACAGCAAUUCUCUUCUUCUUUUGGCGCCAAAAAUAAAUCUCACCAAUGCAGACGACGAAUCCUACGAUGGCGUUAAUCGAAAUUCCGUUGACAUCGGAGAAGAGAUCCGGAUCAACAUUGUCGCCAUGGUUCCACAAAGUAAUGUUGAAUUGGAAGUCGACAUAGGGCCGACAAAUGAAAGUAUCAAUGCCACUGCCGUCAACGACCUGGCGAUCACCACUGCGUCAUCGCGGAUCGUCUGCAAGUCAAAGUUUGCGGGUCAGAACUGCCGCACAAAAACACAGGCGGUAUACCCACAAGUUUAUAGGCUUGGAUUUUUCGAUGACGAAGUCAGCAUACAUGGUGAUCAUUCAGAGGUUAAUGAUCUCGUGCUGCAAGCCAAGAUCCGAUUCGGCGAUGACGAUGUUAGUGAUGGUGAUACAGCUCAACUAGGCGUAUCCAUGGCAACGGCUCGAUCUCAUAUUUGGACUUCAACGAUUUCUUUUAAUAUAAGCGACGACGGAGAUCCACGUUCGACAGUCAUGGACGUUCAUCCGAUGAUGACGACACACAGUCUUUACAAUGGUUAUGAUGCCAUGAUGCAAGUUCAUCUCGAGCAUAACUCAUUAUCCAGAGCUUCGGCCGAAGAAUUAGAGCUCCACCUGAUUAUGUCUCCACGUACAUCUUACCAGGGCGUUUCAAAACUCAGUGUUCUCACACAACCUCCUACCGUCGAUGACUCUUUCGUCAUAUUCAAGAUUGGAGCCGUUGACCUCUUCUCAUCUGUCGAGUUAUCGAUAAACAUAACAGUAAAUCAUACCAACAUGAAAGCAGGAGUAUCUAAGAUGGUGAUUCUUGCUCAGGCCGUGUACAAGAAUGAUACUAAUUCAACAACCAUUGGACAAGCAACCAUGGUAGACGUACAGUUUCAAUACGCAGAUAAAUACGUUCCGUGUAAAACUCCCUGGCAACCGUUCCUCUCAUCCUGUUACUAUGCCAACGCAUCAGGCCUCGUCAACGCCAAUGUCGCAGCACAGGUAUGUGAGGAGGAGGGUGGGGCUCUAGCAUCCAUCGAUUCCAUAUUCGAGGAAAGAUUCUUGGUCGAUAUUUCGCCAAAGGACCUCAGUCCAUUUCGGUUUUGGAUACAUGAAAAUUCAACGUACACAAAUUGGUUACCAGGGCAACCAGAUGCAGCAGGUGCAUGUAGAAGCUUGGUCGUUGAAGGAUCCUAUUGGUCAGAUGGAAUUGAGAAUGGGGACAUGGAAACAACUUCUUGCAUAGAUUUGAGAUAUUUCAUUUGUGAAACAUCGAUUGAUCCACCACCAGAGGAGAGAAAGAAUCAAUUCCAUGGCGUACCCCAGGCUGGGCAAGCUUUGACGGACGGUUGGACCUGUCCUUGUAACUAUCCUUCAUCCGAGUCUAGCUGUGCAUGCUGCAAGUCAGGAACUGCCACUUGUGACGCACCGGGCAGUCACGUCUGUGCUCAAGAUUCAUCACAAUGCCCCCUGGAAGAAUUCUACGAUCGGAGCAUACUAUCCGAUGACACUGGUCUUCGCAUAGCCUGCAACAACGUUGAGAUAAGUUCUUCUGAACCCAGUUGUGUGUUUUCACGCCCUGCACUAUCAAGUACAUGGAAAGCUUUCCCGCUGUACAUUGGCGAUGUCGUCGCCUACCAUAACGUGAGUGACACCCUGUAUGCCAUCGGGCGUGACUCGAAGACGUACCUUGAAGGGAAGUUUGUCAGCUCCUCGUCGACCACCGAUUGGUCAGCCAUCUCAACAGAACGCUGGAUGGCUGCCCGUGAUCGUGGCGAUUUGACACUACACAAUCUUGUCAAAUCGUCAGAUUAUACAAAUGGAGAUCUUCUGGCUUGGACUUGUUGCGGCUAGCAGACCAGUAUACAUGAAAAGACACUCUUAUUUCGACUGGAGGAACAUUAUGAGCUCCUUCCUAUGGCGUCCUUGUGACAGCUACAAUUUCGUCACAUAAUCAUUUAUGACAUUUUGGAUGAUAUACAUUGUACACAAACUCGCCUCACCGAUCUGCAUCAUUGUGUUCUUCUCGCUUUACUACAUAAAUACAGCAUACUACUUACAGAUAAAAGGGGCCGUAAUUCAAACAUUUUUAUAAGGAACUUACAGACGUUAAAAAGAUAACCCGCAAUAUUUUCUUUUUACGACCGCACAUGAUAUGGGCUUCAAGGAUUCUUCUUUAUAAAUGGAUCGCACAAUAAAAAGGGCCAUAAUUUAGACAUUAUUAUAAGGAACUUACAGACGUUAAACAGAUAACCCGUAAUAUUUUCUUUUUACGAUCGCACAUGAUAAGGAUUCAAGAAUUCUGUCGCCAUCUGCCUAUUGCACACGUUAUGCACUACACAAUGUUAUCUAAGCAUUAAUAAUUUACAUCCUUGUAUUGUGUUGAAUAUGUUGGCCCGAUUACGUACAUUAAUGUAAAUAGACUUUGUAUGAAUAUUCAAUGAUAAUAAGAGCUAGAUCAAUUUACAUAUAGUGCAGCUACUAUAUAAACAUACUCUUCUGCUCAAAGGGUAGUUUUUUGAGAAAAAAGGGAUAUUCCCUCUCACGAAUCUGUUCAACAGGUAAUGUACAGUUAUAUAAUAUCAAUGUCAGAUU